AUGGAUUCUUCUUCUGCCGAUUCUUCUUCUGUUGUAAGCGAUAACUCUCUCGCAACGUUGAAGUUGAGAUUUAAAUCAUCAAAGCAAUUCUGGAGACUCUUCCGAAGAGGCUUCAUCCGAUGGCUUAUCACAUUUGUCCUGAUAUCUCUUCUUUACAUAACAAUUCGAGUCGUUUCAAAGGACCAAGAUAUGAUUGAAGAGGAGAAGCAAUUUUUCAACGCCAUCUCGCUCUAUCUGGUUUUGAUGAUUGGAAUGAGUCUCACUUUUGGAUUUGAGGCUAUGGCAAUCGACCUCAGAUGGUGGAUUUUAAGUAGAAGGGAAAGAAGUCUAAGAGACAUCGAUACAAUUCUACACGCUGACAGCCUUACCACUGUCUCUAGCCUCCUUGGACGCACAAUUUGGUAUGAGAUUAGACAUUUCACUUGGGAUUGGGAUUUGGGCACUAUGAUCAUGUCAUGUUUACUUUGGAUUCUUCUCAAUAUCGGUGCUCAAGUGGCCAUAGCAUCUGUUGGACUUACAUAUUCAGUUGAUACUGUUGAGAAGAUGGCUCAUAUGUCUCGUGGGAAUGUUUCUUAUCCUAAUAUGACACAAUUCUUUCCCGUAAAGCUUCCAAAUGGUAGAGCUUCGAUAAAUAACUUGGGCGCACAACAGUAUACAGCAAAUAGUUUCGGUAUGAUGGCUUUAAAUUUGUGGUCUACUACUCAACCAAUUUCUGAACCAGCAACAAUCUACAAAUCUGGAUUGACAGCUGAUUUAUUCGGGAUUGAUAAACGAGGUUGGGUCUUUGUAUUUACGGAUACUUCUUCCGAUGGCUCAACUUUUGCGUACUCGGAUCGUACUAUCAAGUCUACAUCGAGUUGUGAAAGCUAUCCUGUGUUGGAGGGUGGAAAUGGUAAUUUUAAAAAUUUGAACAUAAGUAAGAACGGAAAAUCAGAGGCCUUCAAGGUCAAAUUACCAAUCGCUGCUGGACCAGAUCAGACAACAUUCUUCACCGUACCAUUCAAAACAUGCGGCGAAGGUUGUAGCAUUGUUGAAGCACUCGAGGCUUCCGCAAACGAACCUUGGUAUUACAAAUGCAACAUUACAGUCGGUCCUGUUAUCAACGCGCAAAACGCAAAUCAAGAAGUAUCUCUACCACUCCGCCAUAUGUCAUCAGCAGCAAUCGCUCUACAAGGUUAUACAGCUAAUCCUGAACUAAACGAUACUCAAUAUUGA